AUGGCAGGCUCGAUGCAAACCAAUGCCUCAGUUCGGAAGCGAUGCAAAUCCAAGCUCUUGAGGGAGGGACUAGGAGCCAUUGCUCGAUUGCUUCUGCUGUUGAGUUCGGCUGCGAGGUUUAGGGAUGUGCGAGGGAAAGUAGAACAGUUCUGGGCACCUGAAGUGGACGGGGACACAAUGUCGACCUCACCACCGAUGGCCGCAGCCUCGCCGCCACGAAUCGAUGCUCGCCUUCCAAACAAGACCGGCUUCCUACACCUCGCUCAAGAACUUCAAGACCAAAUCCUUGAAUACGCCCUCGUCGAACGUAGAGCGAUCCAGAUCUGUCUCGGAGGCUGGAACGACGGAUGCAUGAACUGCACUACCAUCAUGAGCCUGACCAAAGUGUCCUCUAAAGUCCGUCAGGAUGCGCUCGACAUCUUCGUCGACAAGAACAUGUUCGAACUCAAGUUCUGCGGCACCAGAUACGAUGAUGACUACUACUAA